CUCCCGAGUACUGUACCGGAUACACUUUACUGGCACAAUGUUCACAUGGGACCAUGGGGCCGUUGCUUUGCACGCAGCCUGCCACCAAGGGUCCCACGGGCACGACGCCGGGCGCGAGGUUAUAGAAGGGCGAGCCGGGCGCGGAGUCAUGGUACUCUUCUCGAAGGGAAGACGUCGAUCUUACACCCCGAGUCGAGAAGCGGAGGAAGCUCGACCACCGACCGCCGUGAGGUCUUGCAAGGCAUAUCACGCACGCGGGCGGGCUCGCUGGCUUGUAGCUGGUGCCGAUAAAAUCAUCGCAGCAUUCCACACUCUACUGUCUUUCGGCGCGGAGGUGUCUGUUUGUUGGCUGGCUUGCUCGCUCUCUUUUCCGACGGUGUUGUGGUCUAGGAAGCAAGGCGGACGAUAUUAUCUUCGAGCUCGUGUUGCGGUCUGAUCUUAUUCUUCUGCCCGGCCGGGGUUACUAUCUAUCUAUCUAUCUAUCUUCCUUUUUCUUCCUUCUUUCUAUCCGUGUGGUACGCAUUUCUCCGAAGUGGAGGACAGGAGGAGACUGACUGCCGUGGUGUCAGUUGUCUGCUAAGAAGGGAGGCCGGAUUCUAGGACCUUUGGGGAAUAAAAUUUCUGCGUUUUCUCAAUCCGUCGAGCUGGCAGGAAAAGGAGAGCUAGCGUUAUGCAUGGGAGAGUGCUUUCAGGGGGUCGAGGCCGCCGAUCUUGCCCUCGGCAAGCCUUGCCUUUUCCCGCUCUCGACCACCGCUACGGUUGCUCAAGCUUUGAAAGCUCUGAAGUACAACAAGGACAUUGCAGUGUUAAGUGUAUGGGUCGAGCGCGCGGCUGACGAGUUGUACGACAAAUCUGCGUUGCCCAAAACUGGUGGCAGAGCUAAGGACCGAUAUCGCUGUGGGGGGCUGAUUACUACUUUGGAUAUCAUCUGCUUUUUGGCCUGUGAUGAGAGUAUGCAAAAUCCAGCAUCGGCGUUAAACUCUCCUCUCUCUGUUCUCUAUCCAUCGCUCUCACAGGCUGUCGAGCACGUUCAUGGACGCACAAGAUUAUGUCAAGCGUUGGAUCUUAUGCUCAACGGUGUCCAGCAUUUGGUGGUACCCAUCACCAAACGCGGGAGGAAGGGAAAACCGUUGAAGAUACCGGGUCCUCUGGUUGCCACAGAUCUCCCUGCCGAAGACUAUUGGUGGAUCACCCAAGAGGAUGUUUUGCGUUAUCUGUUGGGUUGUAUAGGGGUCUUCUAUCCUCUUCCGAUGAUGAGUCUGGAGGAGCUCGGCAUGAUCAAUACAAACGUGUUAAUGGUGGAUGAAAAUGCCGAGGCCAUAAGUGCAUUGCAGCUUAUCAAACAAGCUUCUCAAGAGAUGACUGCUGUGGCGGUCGUAAGUGGGUACUCGAAAGAUCUGCGCGAGAGCAGUCUAGGAGGACCAAGACCUAAACUCGUGGGUGAUGUGUCAACACACACUAUGAGAGGUUGUAAUGAAAUGGCGGCUGUAGCUUUGGCCACUCUUUCAAUGAAAGACUUUCUUCUCUUUGUACAUGAUUCCAUACCGCCACAGUUCUUGGUUAGCAAGGUGCGUAGUAAGCUAAAUUCGAAGGCCCUUACUAAGAGUAAUCCCCCAAACAAAAAUGGUAGUACUCCCCUCAGAGAUCUAACAACUUCAGCAUGUCCUACAACAAAGAAGGCCAGUGGAAACACUAGCUUCGACGACCAGUUUGAUGCAUUGUCCCAGUAUUCUUCAUUCGACGAGGAGCUGUCGGAGUAUUCUUCAUCAGACGAGGAGCUGUCUGGAACUCUGAGCGAUCCGCCUUUGGAGCUUAGUUCUUUAUCCAUUGGAAAGUUGAAAAGUAGGACAAAACCAUUUCACAAAGGCAUAACGUUGAUCACUUGCAGACCUCAGAGUUCAUUGGUGGCUGUGAUGGCACAAGCCCUUGCGCAUCGAGUCAACCACGUGUGGAUCACAGACGAAGAAGGUGGUCUUGUCGGGAUCGUGACCUACACGGACAUUAUUGAUGUACUACUAUCCCAGAUUCAUUCUCUAGAUUGAUAAUUUCCCUGCUAUCAGCUCUCUAUCUGCAGCCAACAUCAGUUAUGUCGAUUGCCCCAGUGGAAGGAGGGAUUCGCGAAGGGUGAGGCUAAUACUGAGUCUGUCUCUAGUAGCCUGUGAUCCUGUAAUGUUAUAGCGUGAUCAGACCCACUGGGUAAUCCCCUGAUCUUCCUGUACGAGUCAAUAACAGGCGUAAUGAUAGACUGUUUGACGUAAAUACUAUUGUAGGCAAUUGAGAAAGUAUAUUAUUCGGAGGAUCGGUGUAGUUGCCUAUGCAGCAUUACAUUUUGAGGCGUUUUCCUGAUACAUCAAAACCAGAGUGGACUUUUAACUCUACAUGUCGUCCUGGCCAUAGAUAAUAUCAAAGCGGAAGCUGUGUUGUCUUGGUGCCUAAGCCGUGUUCUCGACUCUGUCCAUGCUCGAUUCCUCGUGACAUAGUAGUACGAAGUAAAGUAGGUUGUAAGCUUGCUGCAUAGUGUGGAUGCAGGGGUUGUGUCUCACCAUCACAAGCCAGAAGCUUUGCCUAGGCUGUGAUCUGUCACAAAUUUCGUUCCUCCCAGCAACUGACAGCUUCGCCUGUAUCAAGUCACAUCAGAGCCAGGCGAUGAACCCCGUGUCGGACAGUUACGCUUUCCUCGUGAAUUACGUGUCCUGUUUCUAAAGUCUGUUGCGUACAGAGGUGGUGGGGAUACGCGGGAUAAACUGGACGGGUAUGCACGUGUCUUUUCUUCGCAAGGGACAUCAUUUGUCACCGAUGGCUUUGUAAUCAGACUUAGCGAGCUCUGGAUUGAGUUUCAAAUCAA